AUGGAACCUGAAAAAGAAGUUCAGUUAACUUUGUAUAAGACGCUAGUGCCAAUUUUGGGAUCCGUCAUAAUUACUCUAAAUUUUGCAGUCGUUAUAUCUAGUGGAUUAAUUUUGAAAAGAGGCCAUCAACCGCGCAGUACAUACAUGUUACUUGGAAAUGUCGCAGUUGCAGACUUAAUAACAGGAAUUGCUGUAAUUUUUGGUGCUGUGAAUCCAAAAGAUGGAAGAAAUGAAUUGUCUUGCUCUAUUCAAAUAGGAAUGAUUGUAUCAAGUACUUUGGCUUCUAUUUUAUCUGUCGGUCUAAUUGCUAUAGAUCGAUUUCUUUAUAUAUUACAUGGCCUGAACUACCAGCACUGGGUAUACCCAAAUAGGGUUCGAUUGGGAAUUGCAGUUGUUUGGAUUGUGGCAAUAGUAGUAGGAUUUUUGCCUACAAUGGGUUGGAAAGGUUCUACAGAAGAAGGCCGUAUAUGCUGGUUCAUUAAAUUAGCACCUGAUCCUCUAAUAUUAUUGACAGCGUCUCUUGGAGCAAUGCCUAUUAUAUUGGUUAUCGUGCUGUAUUCAAUAAUACUUCAUCAAGCUCUUCGAAAGGUGAUACAAUUAAGAGAAGCUUCCACUCAACCUAUAAGUCAUGCUCAAAUUGUAUCGGAACCAGCUCUAUCAGGUUUACGGUUAUUUAGAGGAUCCACAGUCAUCAUCAGCCCAAAAGAAGAUAACACAUUAUCUGAAGUUGUAUCAGGAAAUAAAUUUUUGAGAUUUUUCAGAAGUGCUAACGCUGUUGGACGGGUUGAGCGCCUGAGCAAAAUGAAGGCGAUCAGGGUAGUCAUGUUAACUACUGGAAGUUUCACAGUGACUUGGAUGCCUUACUUUAUAGCAUGCGCUAUGUAUGUGAAUUGUGAUCGAGAUAUUUCAGAACAGACGAUUUUCUGCAAAAAUUUAAGUGUAGCAAUUGCUAGUCCUUUAGCAUUGUUGGGUUUCGUCAAUAGUCUCCUGAAUCCGCUUAUUUAUGCAUGGUGGCACCGUGGAUUUCGCAGAGCUUUGUGCAGGACUCCAAAUAACAGAAAUCCUGGCAGUAGGUACAAUAACAGAAAUGUUCAAAACUACCGAUCAAUAAUUGACAAUCUAGUCAUAAAUGAAACAAGGAUAACGUGUACAAGUUGUCAGUCAAUCGCAUCUUAA